UUUUGUAAUGUGAAGACCAAGAUUUCUCUUAUUUUUAUCGAGUGGACAGGACUUUUAUUUUGAUGUGACGGCAUGACGUCAUAAGCCUGCGCUCCCGCAUCUGUGAUUCGGCUGAAGAAAGGUUUGUUUGCAGGCUUUUAAAGUGUUCAAAUCAGUACAACCAGUAUAGAGAGAACUGUGGCAUUAAUUCAUUAUUAAUCUACAUAACGUAGUAAUGUAACAGUGCUGAACAUUUUCAGGAGUGAGGCUCAUCCACACGCGAGUAUCAGAGGAGUCGCUUCUCUGUAACUCUGACACUGGCACCAAGUGAUGGAGAUCUGAGCUUUUUGAAAAUCAAGUCAGUUUAAUCAAACGUGUAUUAAAACAGUGUGAAUGCAAAGAGAACAAACAUCUCAAAUGAUGUAAAUGAAUGAAUUAAUAAGUGAGUGAGUGAAUGAAUGAAUGCAUACAUAUAAAUAAAAUAUGUAAUCUGUUAAAUACGAAUAUUGAGAAUCUGUAUGAUUCACAUUUGUAGCACUCAUUUUGAGUGGUUUUGGCUGUGCAGAUCAUUUAAAGCCAUUAACUCUCACUCUGACAGAUUCCCUUAUUAGUGUACUGACUACUCAACUAGGGAGCUGGUUGAGAAACAAAGUCUUAGUUUGCAUUUAUUUUUCUUUCUGUUAACUAUCUUAAACAGGACAAAGUGUUUGAACACAGAAAAACUUGACUGAGAUGUAUGUGACACGAUUAUAAAGAUGGCGUUUAUUAAAGAGGAGACUGAAGACGUGAAGAUUGAAGAAGCAUUCAGUCUGAAACAAGAAGAUACCGAGGAACAACCAGGCCUAACAGCACUUAAAGAGGAGAGUCAAGAACUGAAUGAAACAGAAGAGGAAAAUCAGUAUGAGAAACAUCAUGACUUCAUGACUAAAAUAGGUCAGAAGAUCAAGCCUAAAAGUUCUUUCACUUGUCCUCAAUGUGGGAAAUGUUUCAGCCAAAAACAAAAACUUGAUGUCCACAUGAGAGUUCACACUGGAGAGAAGCCUUUCACCUGCCAACAGUGUGGAAAGUGUUUCACUCAAAAAGGAAACCUUGAAAAACACAUGAGAAUUCACACCGGAGAGAAGCCGUUCACCUGUCAAGAGUGCGGAAGGUGCUUCACAGCAAAACUAAACCUUAAGUGUCACUUGAGAAUUCACACUGGAGAAAACGCUUUCACCUGCCACGAGUGUGGAAAAAGUUUCAAUCGAAAACAAAGCCUUGAAGUCCACAUGAGAAUUCACACUGGAGAGAAGCCUUACACUUGCCAGUGUGGAAAGAGUUUUUCUCAGAAAAUCAUCCUUGAUUACCACUUGAACAUUCACAUUGGAGAGAGAUUGUUCAUCUGCCAACAGUGUGGAAAAGAAUUUACUCAAAAACACAGCCUUGAAGUUCACAUGAGACUUCACACUGGAGAGAAACCGUACACUUGCACUCAGUGUGGAAAGCGCUUCACACAUAGAAACACCCUGAAUUACCACAUAAGAAGUCACAAAAGAGAGAAGCUGUUCACAUGUGAUCAGUGUGGAAAGAGCUUCACAACAGAAGUGAACCUUAGAUAUCACAUGAACAUCCACACUGGAGAAAAGCCGUUCGAAUGUGAUCAGUGUGGAAAGUGUUACAGUCAUAAAAGUAGCCUCAGCAUUCACAUGAGACUUCACACUGGAGCAAGGCCGUACGCCUGCAAACUAUGUGGGAAGAGCUUCUCACAAAAAGGAAAUCUAAAUACUCACAUGAGAAUUCACACGAGAGAGAAGCCAUUCAUUUGUGUGGAAAAUCUGAUGGGGCUAAAAGGGGAGAAUCAGGAACUGAAUGAAAUGGAAGAUAAUGAAUUUAAGAAACAUGAUUUCAUGACUGGAGAAAAAUCUUUUAGUUGCUCGAAGACUAAAAAAACUCGAAAAAGAGCUCAAAAGACUGGAACGAGAAAACAUUUUAUCUGCCAACAGUGUGGAAAAAGUUAUGAUCAACGUAGAUGUCUCAAACUCCACAUGCAUAUUCACACAGGAGAGAGGCCUUUUGCCUGCCAGCAGUGUGGAAAACGUUUCCCUCGAAAAGAAAACCUCACAGUCCACAUGAAAAUUCACACUAGAGAGAUCCAAUUCACCUGCCAACAGUGUGGAAAGAGCUUCAUUGAUAAAGGAAACAUGAAAGCCCACAUGAAAAUUCACACUGGAGAGAAACCUUUUGCUUGCCAACAGUGUGAAAAAAGAUUCGUUCGAAAAUCAAGCCUUAAAACUCACAUGGCAAUUCACAAUGGAGAGAAACCUUACACCUGCCCUCAGUGUGGAACAAGUUUUGCACAAAAUGGCACACUUAAUGCCCACAUGAGAAUUCACACCGGAGAGAAGCCGUUUGUAUGCAGUUACUGUGGAAAGAGUUUCAGAUUUACAGUAACCCUUAACAGGCACAUGAAGACUCACACAAGAGAGAAGGGUUUUAAAUGUCAUCAGUGUGGAAAGAGUUUCACAGAUGAGAAACGCCUUAAGAGUCAUGUAAACUCUCAUAUCGGACACAUGCCUUUCAUGUGCCAUCACUGUGGAAGGGGUUUCGAACACAAAUCAAGUCUUGAUAACCACAUGAGAGUUCACACUGGAGAAAAGCCUUUCACCUGCCAACAGUGUGGGAAGAGUUUUGCACUUAAAGGAAACCUAAAGUCUCACACGAGGCUUCACACCAGAGAGAAGCCUUUCCCGUGUCUUCACUGUGAAAAGAGUUUCAAAUAUCAAAGAGAGCUAAAAUGUCAUUUGCAAACCCAUUCUGGAAAGAAAUUGCGGGGUUCUUAAUGGGCAAGAAGUUUACAAAAAGGAGCCAUAUCUAAAAUCACCUAUGCAUUCUCUCUGGAUUAAGGUUCUUUCGCCAUAACACUUACAGAAUCAUAUGAAAAUUCAUGCAGAUGUGAAACCAUGUUCUUUUUCUUUUUGUGGAAAAAGUUUUUAAUGGCUCAGCAGUUUAAAAUGCCACCAGAAAAUUUGUAUCUGUAUUAAGUUAAAGCUAUGUUCACACAGCAGCUCAAUUUGGCUUGAAUUAGUUCAUUAUUGUUAUUACUUUUUUGCAUUCAGUGUUGCAAACUAAUGUACCCAGUAGUAUUGUUGAAACAACAUUAACAAUUAAAAUGCUAUACAAACAUUUUUAAGUGAAUGUGAAAAUCACUUGAAAUACAAAUGACACAUUUCCAGGAAAGUAACUUUAUUUUCUAUUUAAAAUGUUGAACACAAUUUAUGAUAAAUUUUUAGGUUACACUUUAUUUUAAGGUGUCCUUGUUACAGUGUAAUUAUACAUUUAAGUACUGAGUAAUAUUAAUGAACUAUAUGUACUUACUAUAUGGUCAGGGUUAGGAUUAGGGCUUGGUUUAGGGUUACUAGUAAGUACAUGUAACGUGUAACAAGGACACCUUCAUAAUAAAGUAGUUUAUUCGAAACUUUAUUUAAAAUGUCUUUAUUUAAAAUUUAAAACAUGCAGUUUCCAUCAGUGUUCCUGUUACGGCCCAUAACCAUUUUGAAGGCUCGUUAAUUCCAACAUGAAAAAAAAAAGGACACAGGCCGAACAUAUUUAAAGAACCACAACACCUGAUGUGAAUUUAAAGACGCCUCUAUUUAAUUGGUUGAAGGAAUUCAACUUAAACAUUCAGGUAAUAAUACACAACAAUUCACCAAAAUAUAGAAGAAAGAAUAAUUAAGAUUAAAGUACUGUUACGUCUCUGGACGUAAUGUGUCAUUUUUUUUUAAUUUAUAUUUAUUUUUUUAUGUUGUGAAUUGUUGUUGUGCAGUUCGUUGUCUCUCUUUUGCUCUAUCUCUCCCUCUCCUUCUGAGUAGGCUUGAUUGGGUUCAGCUGUGGCAGAUUACGUUGAUGAGAGCGGGAGUCUUGAAAUACUGGGAAAGACGGCAAUGCAGGAGAGCUUCUGGUGCACACGUCGUAGAGCUCCGUUGUCGUUUGUCCCUCAUCUCCUGCCCCAGACAUUUAGAUUUUUGUUGGAGUUCUAAAUGUUAGUGUGUUCUUUUGAGUGAGUUAAGCCUGUGUGGCCAGUUUUCACUGUUGAGUUAUGAGGACAUUUGUCUUGUUACUUUGGUAUGAGUUUAUCUUUGUAUUAUAUUCUAUUUAUAUGUUUUUGUUUAUUUAGACUGCUGCUGAUUAUGACAUUUGUUAAUGCUUAAUUCCUUAUUUUUGGAAGCCGUAGGGAGGAGGUUGCCAUUUAUUUUUCCUGAGUAGUUUUCUCUUGUUUAUGGUCAGAUAGGGAGUAAGGAAAGACUUUUGUACUUUCUUUGGUAUUUUUAUUUUGAUAGGUAAGUUACAUUUAUUUCUCUUUUAGUUAGAACCAUUUUUGUUUGUUAUUUUGGCCUGAACCCCUUCUGAAGAUUCACGCUUCCUGCUAUUCACAUUUGUGUCAAUAAAAAGCUUACUUUUGACACUAAUUUCGUUUUUGGUAGUAUUUGUUUGUGAGCUGGGACAGGAGAAGGGAUAUGCAUAAAAUUAAUUGUUUUAUUUGUCAUCGACAUUCCUAACCCUAGACGGGGAGGUCGUGACAA